AAAGCGCAACAGUCCACUGAAUGGAAAUCCCACCGAGACAAAUAUGACGAAGCAAUGCGAAUGUGCCAGGAAAAAAACCGAAAUGUUUUGAACGAUAACAAGGAUGAGGAAUCUGCCAACCUCGCUGGAGUCGCUUCGGGAAAAGGCCCUGGAGAAGCAGUGGGGAUACGAAAAUUCCCAAGGCGAAAAAAUAUACUUUCGAGAUAUCAUAGAUCGCAUCGUCAAAUGGGUGGGAGUUUUCAAGGAUCCGGGAACCCAGUUAGCUGGUCUGGAUCCUACCAAAGCCGCGUCGUUUGUCUGGGGAUUUGUGCAGUUCUUUGUUGAGAGAGCUGUAGUAUACAGUGAAACCAGAGACCUGGCCAUUGAUCAAGAGCCCAUCGCAAAUCUUAUCAGCCGAUAUGCCUUGAUCGAACACUUCUACCUCAACAAUACACCAGGCAGCGCAGGAGAAGUGAACGAUGCAGUCAAAGAGAAAAUAGUAGAGUUGUACUCUGCAAUUAUCCUCUAUCAAAUGGCAGUUUACAGAUUCUGGACGCAGGGCAAAAUUACACAUGGCGUACAGAGUCUGGUGCCUCACGAGCUCAAAGACCUCUCGAGCAACAUCCAAAGGAAGUCAGAUGAGGUCGAGCUUAUUUUGAACAUUAGCGACAGAGAGUUGCUGCACGAGUUGCUCAAGAAUUCGGAGCCAAUCGCCCACAUCGGCAGCCAGCUGAGACGGGUUUUAGACGUGGUGAUGGAUAUUGAGGUGCAAAAAUACUCAGAUGUCUUGAAAUGGGUGUCACCGAUCUUACAUAUGGAUCAUCACCGUUCAUUGUGUCCUAUGGAAGGAACGGGAAAGUGGCUUCUUGAGCACCCAGAUUGAAAGGAAUGGAGAGAGUCGCAGAAACCAGAGCUGUUCUGGCUGCGAGACAAAAUGGGCGCAGGAAAAUCGAAUCUGGUAUCUAUCGUCAUAUCCCAUUUACUCGAAGCAAGC